GGCUGAGCCCACUUCUUCUUUAAAGGCGCAUCUGGACCAUCCGGCCACCACCUCCCGCUCCUCCCGCUCCCUCCGCCGCCGCUCCCGCUGCUGCUGCUCUCCUGCGUCACACCGCGAGGUUCCCUCACUCACAUCUGGCGGAGAGAAAGAUAGGGAGAGAGAGAGACAGCUCAGCUAGAGAGAGAGAGACAGACUCCAGGCUGAUUAGCUAUAGCUGCCAUCGACAGACAGACACAUCACCGGAGAGAAAGCCCAGCAGCGUCUCCACGGUGUGAAGCAGAACCGCGGACCGACCGCCGGCUCCCCCCUCCUCCUCCUCCUCCGCCUCCUGCUGCUCCCGAUCCGCGCGGGUUGGUCUCUGAGCCGAACCGAGCCAAGCAGCGCCGCUGUGGGUUCUGUCUGUUUUCGCUCCCGUUCCUCUCCUCAAUCUCCAUCAGCUCGCUUUCCUUUCCGAGCCCAGUUUGACGGAAUUUGACGGAACCGCUCGCAGGGUGGAGUCGACCCGGUUCUGUCGGUGCUGCUGAGGAGAGACGCUCAUCACUGGCGCGCUGCAGCUAUACAGGGUGCAGUCAUGAAGGACGGCAUGGCCAACAACAGCACUGCCAGUAUUUCCCAGGCUCGGAAAGCUGUGGAGCAACUGAAAAUGGAAGCCUGUAUGGACAGAAUAAAGGUGUCUAAAGCAGCGGCGGAUCUGAUGGCCUACUGUGACGCUCAUAUACGAGAGGACCCGCUGAUCGUGCCGGUUCCGGCCUCGGAGAACCCGUUCCGAGAGAAGAAGUUUUUCUGCACCAUCCUCUGAGACCGGCCUGGACACCACCUCCGUCCAGAGGAUACCGCACCCACGGCUGCCAGUGUUGAGCUUUGGGUUUGAGUGGCGGCCGCGUCUGUUGUUGGGUCAGUUCCCUCCUGAUGGCCUGAAAUGCAAGGGGGGAUUUUCAGAGGGCGGGAG